UCUUUUUUCACCCACAGGAGCCCAGAAACAUUCCAUGUCAGAGAUGCUGUGGCUGCUGCCCCUGCUGUGGGCAGGGUCCCAGGCUCAGGAUGAAAGACUCACGCUCACAGUGCAGACACCCGUGAUGGUGCAGGAGGGACUGUGUGUGUUUGUGCCCUGCACCUUCACCCACCCGGGGCGCGACUGGAAUCAUCUUUCCCCUGCAUAUGGCUACUGGUUCCAGGGAGGAGCUAAUAUAAAUCAGGAUGCUGCUGUGGUCACAAACAACCCCGCUCGUAAAGUGCAGGAGGAGACCCAGGGCCGAUUCCACCUCCUCGGGGAUCCCCAGACCAACAACUGCUCCCUGGACAUCAGAGACGCCAGGAGGACCGAUGAUGGAUUAUAUUUUUUUCGGGUGGAGAGAGGAAUUUCCCAGUGGCAUAAAUAUUCUUACAUACAGAACAUGCUUUCUGUGCGUGUGACGGCCCUCAGCCACACACCCCACAUCCUCAACCCGGGGCCCCUGGAGAGCGGCCUCCCCAGGAACCUGACCUGUUCUGUGCCCUGGGCCUGUGAGCGGGGCACGCCCCCCAUCUUCUCCUGGACGUCAGCUGCCCACAGCUCCCUGGGGCCCAGGACCCGCCUCUCCUCCGUGCUCACCCUCACCCCACGGUCCCAGGACCACGGCACCAACCUCACCUGUCAGGUGCAUUUUCCUGCUGCUGGUGUGACCGUGGAGACAACAAUCCAGCUCAGUGUCACCUGUGCCCCGGAGAACCCAACAACAGGUGGUUGCCUAGGAGACGGCACAGGUCAUGUACCUGGGAGUGGAAUUGCUGAGUCAAAUGGUACUUUCUAUGUAUAA